UAUAAAAGUAGGUGUAGAAAUUAAAAUGUAUAUGUGCUGUGACUUUUGAGAGUUAAUUAGGGUUCGGUAUAUAUCAACAUUUCAGAUGGAUAUAUCUUAGCCAUGUCAGCUGAAAUAUUACUUUCUGUUGGAAUAUCUAAACUCUAUUUGAAAUAUUAAUGAUGAUUGAAGAGAAAAGUUGUAGCAGGAAUUAUCGGAACCCAGAAGUUCCUGCUGGGUAACUGUUUGUGAUGAUUUUUUCAGUCAAUAAUAAUUCCUCUUAUAUAUAUAGAAGCUUCUCGCUGUCCUCCUUACAGCUCCAAGUUAGCUAUAUUGAAUUAUGAAGCCGGGAAGUGAUCAGAAUAGUGAUGGUUUGAAGUUUGAUCCUUCAGGCAAGAACAAUGAGGAAGGAGAUGAUGAAAGUAAGACUAAAAAUAGCGGAAGCUCGAGUAAUAGCAUUGUGGAGGAGUGCGAGAAAGCAAGCUCUAGUGGGGUAAGGCCAUAUGCAAGAUCGAAGGUACCUAGGCUAAGAUGGACUCCUGAUCUUCAUCUUUGCUUUGUUCAAGCUGUGGAGAGACUUGGUGGUCACGAGAGGGCAACCCCAAAACUAGUGUUGCAACUAAUGAACUUCAAGGGGCUACGUAUUGCUGAUGUCAAGAGCCAUCUACAGAUGUACCGGAGCAAGAAGAUUGACGAUCAGGGUCAAGUUAUAAACGGUAUGGGGGAUCUAAUUCGCAGUUCGGACAAAUUCUCUCACGACUUUUGGCAACACUCUCUGCUUCCAAACAUUGAUCACAAUCAUAAUUCUAACUUCAGAUGUGGAAACGUUCCUUGGAGUGGACAUGGAAACUGGAUCACCAAGCCUUCUGUACCGGAUAGCAUAACUACUAGAAGAGGAGCUGGAUUUUACAGCUCAAUGGCUGAGAAGAUCAGUGGAGAAAAGCUAAUGCAAGAAUCCCAGGAUACUCAAUAUCACAAAUCGAUCUACAAUAGCGAGUCAAUCCGCAGCCAAACAAGCUCAACCAUAAAACAACCUUAUUUUGUAGCCCAACUUUCUAAAAGAAGAGGAGAAGCUGCUAAUAAAUCAAUAAGCUUAGAGACAAAGUGGAGCUUCAACGUGGAAAAGUGUAACAAGGCUAAAAGGAAGGUUGAUGAUCUUGAUUUAACUCUCUCACUAUGCACAAAAUUGAAAGGAAAAGAAGUCAAGAGAAGUUUAUCAUGGGAUGUGGAAGAUGUGGGCAGCAAUUUAUAUCUCUCUUUAUCUUCUACCUCAACGAAAGAAUGCAAUUCUAUAACUCUGAACAUGCCUUCAAAGUACCCGAAAUGGACAAGUACCCUUGAUCUGACUAUGUGAAUCUGAGAAUUCAAAGUGAGAUCUUGUUGGUACUUGUACAAGAGCAUUGGUACAAAUAAAUUAAUGUUGUGUACUGAGAUAUGAAGUAAUGUCAUGAUUUCCCAUUUAUGC